CCGCGUCCAUUCGGUUUCACUCGAUCGGCUUCGCUUAAUCCGAAAUAUGAGGUGCACUUAAAGCUUGUUCGUUGGUUUCGGGAGGUUCCACAAAGAGUGCUCGUGUGUAACGAUCAGCGCGAAACUCGUCGCGUGAAAGAAAGAGAAGGGAAAAAAAGUAGAGGUAGAGAGAUAGAGAAAGAAUUUAGGAAAGAGGGAGGAGAGAGAAUUCGUCGUCAAUUUGGGAUCGAAGAGUAUUUAAAGGUCCAUCGAUUUCAGUAAGUCGUCUCGAUUUCGUCGUGUCACGUCGUGUACCCCGAGUGCAAACUACAAAGUUACCACCUGAGAGACGCUAAUACCGAGGAAAUGGAGGCCACGGGGAUGAUUAAUGGCGUGCCUGUCCUACAGGAGAGCAGGAAGCUGUGGCAGUACCUCGCCACGAUUUCCGGAUGCAUGUUAGUGGCCGGAGUCGGCUCAGCCCUAGCAUGGACCUCACCGGUGCUUCCUCAACUCUACGCGGAAGACUCCUGGUUACCGAUCACAGCGAACGAAGGUUCCUGGAUCAGUUCGUUGCUCGCUGUAGGCGCAAUAGCCGGUGCGUUUCCAUCCGGAUCAAUGGCGGACAAAAUGGGACGAAAAAAGUCUCUUCUUCUACUCUCCGUCCCGUUUCUACUCUCCUGGGGCAUCAUCGUCGUCUCGACGGAAGUGAAACUCUUGUACAUCGCGAGAUUUAUCGCCGGAAUGGGCGUAGGUGCCGGUUGCGUCGUUGGACCUACGUACAUUUCCGAAAUCGCCGAAGUCUCGACCAGAGGAACGUUAGGUGCGCUGUUUCAACUUUUCCUCACCCUUGGGAUCUUCCUCGCGUUUGUUCUAGGAAGCGUUCUCAACUACACCACCUUCGCUAUAGUGUGCGCCGGUAUCAUCGUCGCAUUUCUGGCAACCUUCUACUGGAUGCCUGAAUCUCCCGUCUGGCUCGUGACUCAAAGAAGAAAGCAAGACGCCACGGUGGCGCUCGCCGCAUUCAGAGGACAGGACUACGAUCCUAACCAAGAAUUAAAUGAAAUGCAAAGGGCGUUGGAUGAAUGUAGCGGAAAGAAACCCACUAUCGGCGAUAUGGCGAAAGAUCCGGUGACUAGAAAAUCUAUGAUAGCGUCGUUCGGUAUGAUGUUCUUCCAACAAGCAUCCGGUGUGAACGCUGUGAUCUUCUACACGGUGACGAUCUUCCAGGCUGCCGGUAGCUCGAUGGCGCCGGAAGUGGCGUCCAUCGUUGUCUCGCUCGUUCAGUUGGUAAUGUCAGGUGUCGCGGCGUUGAUUGUGGAUCGAGCCGGAAGGAAGCCACUGCUCAUGCUUUCCACCAGCGUUAUGUCAGCCAGCCUGAUCGCGCUCGGAUACUACUUCAAGCAGAAAGACUCCGGAAGUGACGUCAGCUCACUAGGCUGGUUACCGUUGGUUUCCUUGAUCGUCUUUAUGGUCGCCUUCUCAAUCGGUCUGGGACCAGUGCCAUGGAUGUUGAUGGGCGAGCUAUUCUCCUCAGAGACAAAGGCGGUAGCAUCCAGUUACGCCGUAAUGCUAAAUUGGUUCAUGGUAUUCGUCGUAACUAAAACCUUCCCCACGAUGAACAGCGAGCUAGGCAUCGACAUGACAUUCUGGAUCUUCGCCGUGAUCAUGGCCGGCGCUACAGCGUACACCCACGUUCUGGUACCGGAAACCAAAGGAAAGACCUAUCAACAAAUCCUCAGAGAACUCCAAGGCGAGACCAUAGACUUGCCCGUCAAAUCCGCCGCUUAGAAAAUCAUCGAAAAGCUUCAAUCUCGCGAGAAUAUUCUAUACACAUCCCUCUAAGGUGUUCCUCCUUCGAGCAUCGACCAAAGGAAACCUCGUUGCCGUAAUCCUAUCGUUGAUCCUUUCUUUCAUCGACCGGCUCACGACCGUGGCCCACGUUCUCAUCGAUGGAAACAUCUCAUCUCCUGCCACCGAAUCAAUUAAUUUAAUUAUUUCCUAUCGAUCGAUCGGUCACGCGAUA